AUGAAAUCUGUUAAUCAGCAACCAACUGUGCGACUUAUGAAUGCUGCUCAUGGAGAAGUACUGAUGCCUGUAGUAGGAUUAGGUACAGGAGGCUAUGGUAAACCUGAUGGUUCAGGUGGAGAAUAUUGGGGACCUGAGCAAGGCCAUAAUGCUAGUCUAGCAUGGUUAACAAUGGGCGGCAGACGUAUUGAUACUGCUGACUGUUAUGCUUCACUUAAUGGUAUUGGUACAGGUUGGGUAGCUAGCGGUGUACCUCGUUCAGAAAUAUUUAUUACAUCGAAAAUAGAUCCUACUAGCUAUGAUCAAGUACUUGAAAGAUUCGCUACCAUACUCAAAUCUUUACAAACCAACUAUGUUGAUCUUCUUCUCAUUCAUUGGCCAGGUGAAGAACCGGGUAAACCUGGAAUAACAAUUCCACCUUGUGUAAAAGAAGACGGAACUUGGAAAGAAUGUCGUAUUCAAUCAUGGCGAGCAUUCGAAACAUUAUUCAAUCAAAAACGAGUUCGUGCUAUUGGUGUGAGCAAUUAUGAAGUAAAUCAUUUAUUAGAAAUUUUUAAUUUAAAUUCCACUAUUCCUAGUGUUAAUCAAGUAGAAUUUCAUCCUUAUUGGCAUGAAGAUGAACUUCUAGAUUUUUGUCAAAAACAAGACAUUACAUUUAAUAGUUAUUCACCAAUUGGUGCUCCUGACUAUGCUAUAACACUUGGUCCUACUUGGAAUGCUAUUCCUGAUUUACGCAAACACCCAAAUGUUACUGCAAUUGCAAAGAAAUACGGUAAAACAUCGGCUCAAGUAAUACUUCGUUGGCAUUGGCAACAAGGAAUUGUAAUUAAUCCUCGUACUCGUGAUCCAGUACAUAUGAUGGAAAAUAUGUCUAUAUUUGAUUUUCAGCUUGACGAUCAAGAUAUGAUGACUCUAGGUUAUUUGAAUCGUCCAAUGAGCAAAGUGUGUGGUGAUGCAAGAUUGAUUUUGUAG